CAAUCCCAACCUAGGAAAAGGGAUUGCUGGGAGUGUUUUAAUUUUGUUGCGUGUCAUCGUCAAAUUGGCUUCCAAAAUGCCUGCCCCUCUUACAAACUGCCAGUUCCUCACACCUUCACUUUGUAAAAUAAUGCGGCAAUUGAAGAUAUUCUCAUUUAAAUUUGUACUUCUAUAAGGACUGGGCAGGUGGGGCAACCUGAGGUACGGUUACCGGGGAGUAUGUCCUCCAUCAAUUUCCUACUGGUGUUCUCGCCAAUUUUUCCAUUAGAUCAUUGUCUUUUUGUGUGUGGGCAAUUUCAUAAUUACAGGAAUCAGACAAUUUCAAAAUGUGUGUCACAAUUUCCCCUCUUUUGCCUUUCAAUUUUAAUGUUUAAAUUCAAGUUACAUUUGUAUUAAGUCGAUUUUAAUCAUUCUUGUCCUUUAGUGUCUCCAGGUUGUGAUACUAGACUAUAAAAACACUCGACUUCCCAGUACGUUUUGUUUCUUUAAUCUGCCUGGAUUUUAUUUCGCAGUUAGAAGAGAAGGAGGGAGCCAACUUCUACUUUUCCAAGGGGCGGGCCGACAUCCCAACGCCAUCCCGCCAAAAACCCUUCUUCGGGGUUGGAGCGGCCGCCCCGCCAGCACGACCCCAGCUCGCCCGCUGCCCACCGAGGGUGCCGGUCCUCACCUCCAUCUCGGCGACAGGACUGCGAGUGCGCGUGCCGAGUACGGUGGGCGGCCGGGGCGGGGAACGUGGGGCGGGCGGAGACCCUCUCGUAAUCGCCGAGGACGGGCCACCACCUCUCCUCCGCCCCCAACCUCGCUCCCGCCCGGGCCGAGGACGCCCCGACUACCUCCCUCCAACUGCCUCCCUGGUCCCGCCUCCGCGCCGGGGUUGGGGGUAUCUCUGGCUCACAGGUGGUCCCAGGAGCUGGAGCCGGCUUACCGCAAGAGCACCUUAGGUGGGAGGCGUGUCCUCCGUUUCUACUUGCAAGGAGGCGGGGCCUGUGGAGACGAGCGACCGGUUCACCAAUCCUGCGGGAGUCCGGGACCUCCGCCGAGGCCUCAUUUGCGUGGGGCGGGGCCUGUCGCGCUAGUGGAGCCGGGCGCCGCUUUGCUUGCCGUCGCCAGCCGCCCGCUGCCGGCGCCCCGAUGCUCCCCAAACGGCGGCGAGCGCAGGUCGAGUGCCCCCGCGGCGCCUCCUCCUGCGCGGCGCGCUUCCCCGACGUCGCCGUUUAUCUGGCCGAGCCGCGCAUGGGCCGCAGGCGCCGGACCUUCCUCGCGCGCCUGGCGUUCUCCAAGGGCUUCCGCGCCCUGGACCCCUACAGGUGCGCGGGAACCUGCUCUUCACGGGGCGGCGAGGGGCGCCUGCAGCCGUGUCUCCAGACCUCCGCGCGUGCCCUCCCGGACAGAGCACGGCGGGCCAGGGCCCGGAACUUCGCAGCCGGCGCCGCGCCCACAGCGCACUUCUUUGCCGGGAGGCUGCUGCGGCACGAACCAACGCGCGCACAGCCGACCGAGGGUGGAGGGCGCCCAAGCCCUAGCGCUUCGUGGUCUUGCUGCUUUUUUCUCAACUUCCUCUUUUGUACACGGGUGCUAAGAAUUAGGGUAGGAGUGUUCUGUGAAGAGCCACGCGGUGGGGCCUUGAUGACCCACGUGGUGAUGGAGCAGACUUCUGCUAAAGAGGCCAUGUGCUGGUGGGAGUGCAGGGCAGAGGCCCUUCCUCCAGGCUGUGCCUGGCCAGUGCUGCUGGACACAAGCUGGUUCACAGACAUGGCAACUGGAUGACCUGUGCCUGUGGAGGGCCAGCAUUGUCUGGAGGUGGCUGAGCCCAAGAAGGGGCUGCUGAGCCCAAAGUGGAUGCUGCCCUAUGCCUGCCAGCGUCCCAAACCUCUCGCACACCACAAUGCCAGCCUCUCAGAGGCUCUGGAGUUGCUGGCGGAGGCCACAGGCUUUGAAGGCAGUGAGGGCCGCCUCCUCUCCUUCUACAGAACCACCUCUGCACUGAAGGCCCUUCCCAGUCUGGUCACAGCCCUGAGCCAGCUGCAGGGGCUGCCCUACUUGGGAGGGUGGGUACUUAGAGCUGUGCUUUAUCUCCACCCACAGGAGCUGCUCUAUCAUGGGGUGUGUGAGGAGGUGGAGAGAGUCCUGCUCUCAGAGUGCUACCAGACCAUGAAGCUCUUCACCCAGAUACUCGGGGUUGGGGUAAAGACCACUGAUCGGUGGUACCAGGACCGGCUGCGCACCCUGGGUGACCUCCGAGAGCGGUGCCUGAGGCUGACCUGGUAGCAGAGAGAAGGACUCCAGCACCAUGAGGACGAGGGCCCUGGUCUCACAGCCGACGUGGAGGCGCUGCAGCAGGUGGUGGAGGCCGCUGUGGGACAGGCCCUGCCUGGGGCCACUGUCAUGCUGACCAGUGGCUUUCGCAGGGGGAAGUUGCAGGGCCAUGAUGUGGACUUCCUCAUCACUCACCCUGAGGAGGGCCGUGAGGUGGGGCUGCUGAUUACCGUGAUGCACCACCUGAAGGAGCAGAUGAGGGCAUCCUGUCCCCUCCCGAGAAAACAGCCAGGAGUCUGGCUCUGCUGCCUCAACCCCAGCCGCCUCAACCGGCAGAACCACACCAUGGAUGCCUUUGAGAAGAGUGUCUGCAUUUUCUGCCUGCUGCAACCCCGAGGGGCUGCUGUCGGGGGUCCCCAGAGACCCUACCCUGCCUGGAAGGCUGUGCGGGUUUACCUGGUGGUCACCCCCAUCAGCCAGUUCCCCUUUGCCCUGCUCGGCUGGACUGGCUCCAAGCAUUUUGAGCGGGAGCUGCGCCACUUUAGCUGGAAGGAGAGGGGGCUGUGGCUGAGCAGCAGCCAUGGGCUGUUUGACCCUGAGCAGGUGUUUUUUUUCCACGUGGCUUCAGAGGAAGACAUCUUCCUACACCUAGGCCUCGACUACCUCCCCCCAGAACAGAGAAAUGCCUGAUGCCAUGCAUGCUCAGACAGAGGUGUGGUGGAGCAGCAUGUGGGGCAAGCUGAGGUGCAGGUGAUGGGAGUGUGGCUCUGCCCAGUGAGCUGGCCUGCCAGGGUGCCUGGGCCCCAUCUGCCAUGGGGUGUCGGUGGGGCAUGGGGUGCCAUGGUUGUGUGGCCCUGGGCCACAGGCCUCAGGCUUCCCUGUGCUGUGGGACCUGCAGGGGGCCUUGGGAGCCUGAGGUGGUGGGUGGCGCAUGCUUGGCAUAUGCCUGAUUUGAAGUGUCCAGCCUCAAACUUGGAGACAGGGGGUGGAGCUGGAGCUUUGCCCACUGGGAUUCUGCUGUGGGGGCACAAAAAGGUGUGCUUUGGGCCCCUGGGCUAGGGGCACUGGGAGGAGGAGACUUCUGGCGCUGAUCCACUGCAUCCCAACCAGGCUUCCUGUUUCUGCCUUUUCUCCUGCAAAGGCUGGUCUUAGAUGUCUUAAAAACAGAGCACACAGUGUUCCUCCAGUGGGCCCUUGGCAUCCUCACCAGGACCUGAGCACACAUUUCCACCCUCGCUCUGACCUGGCCUCAUCUGCACACUCCCCCUCACGCUGCUCUGUCCAAGCCAGGUGCUUUGGAGCCCCUCUGCACUGCCUCUAGAACUGCCCAGGUCGCCCAAGGCCAGUGGGUGUCUUACUGUCACUGAGGGGACUGGCUGCUUCCAUCGCCAGUGUGCUGUGGCCUCGGGGCCUCCCCUCACCACCACCCGCCUGGGAUGAGGACCUGGUGAGGACCUCCCUGACCACUUACCACAUUGAAAAUAUUUUUUGAAUCAACAUGCUAUAAAAUACUCUUUUGGUGUACGGUUUUAUGAGUUUCUUCCUUUUAUUGAGGUGCAUACAAUAAAAUGCACAAGUGUUAACAUGCUGCUUGGUGUAUUUUGACCUAUAUACACACUCAUGCAGCCAUCACCUCAUUCUCACUACUUUUUUCCCCCUUCACCUAUCCCCACCCCCUGUUGUAACCACCAGUCUGUUCCCUGUGUUUAUGAGUUUAUUCCUGUUUUGUUUGAUUUGUUUUUAGAAUCCACAUAUAAGUGAAAUCAUUUGGUACUUGUCUUUCUCUGCCUGGCUUAUUUCACUGAGCAUAAUACCCUCUAGCUCCAUCCAUGUUAAUAGCAAAUGGCAGAGUAAUAUUUUUUAUGGCCGAGUAAUAUUCCACCGUGUCUAUGUACCAUAUCUUCUCUAUCCAUUCAUCUAUUGAUGGACACUUUGGUUGCCUCCAUAUCUUGACUGCUGUGAAUAGUGCACCAAUGAAUAGGUGUGUGUGUUUUCAGAUUAGUGAUUUAAUUUUCUUAAGAUAAAUUACCAUAAGUGGAAUUACUGGGCUAUACGGCAUUUCUGUUUUUAGUUUUUAGAUGAACCUCCACACUGCUUUCCACAGUGGCUGCACCAAUGUACAUUCCCACCAGCAGCGCAGUAGGCUUCCUUUCUCCACACCCUUGCUGGCACUUAUUAUUUCUUAUCUUUGAAUGUUGGCUAUUCUGAGGUGUGAGAUGAGAGUAUCUCACAGUGGUUUUGAUUUGCAUUUCCCUGCUGAUUAGCGAUGUGGAGCAUCUUUUCAUGUACCUGUUGGCAUUUGUAUGUCUUCUCUGGAGAAAUGUCUAUUCUGGU